GUGAACUCUGGGCCCUCCUGUCCCUCCAGCUGGGCUGGUGCCAGCCUUUGUCCUGCUCAGGGGACAACCACAUACAGGGAAACUACCGACACCCAGGACCCGUGGCCGCCCAGCAUGUCCCAGCGGCACUCAGACGGCGCUCUGGAGGAGAAACUGCUGGAACACCGGUUCCACUCCGAGCUGCGGCUGGACGCCCAAGGGAACCCCGCGUCCCAGCUCCCUCUAGUCCGGGGCUCCCUGAGGUCCAGGACCAAUGCUGCCUUCGAGCCCGAGGCCUCGUCGCCCUCAGGGGACCAGGAGCCCCCACACAUCGUCCUAAGCACACAGAGCCCCGCAGCCCUCAAGAAGGGCACCCAGCAGAUGAUCCCCAGGAACUUGGCCGUGGCCAGCAGGGCCAAGGCCCCAGCCCGUCACCAGAGCUUUGGGGCAGCUAUGCUUAGCAAGGAGGCCGCACGCAGGGACCCCCAGCUCCUCUCGGUCCCCAGCUUCUCCGUGGACGACAUGGACGUGGACGUGAGCCCCGUGGGGAUGCCGAAGCGGAACCUGCGGAACCAGUCCUACCGGGCGGCCAUGAAGGGCCUGGAGGCGCCCGGCAGCAAAGGGGCCGCCCUCCAGCUCAGCCCCAAGCUCCAGGCUCUGUCCGAGGAGUCUGGCCAGCCUCCCGCCCGGUGCCAGGCCAAAAAUAAGAGGACUCUGGGUCGGAAACGAGCGCACAAGGGCUCCUUCAAGGAUGACCCCGGGUUUUACCAGGAGAUCCGGGAGCGGGGUCUGAACACCACCCACGAGUCUGACGAUGAUCUCCUGGAUGAACCCUCCAGCCCUGGGGGAACCCAGAAGGUGGACACCACCAUCGUGGUCAAGAGUUACCGGCCUGCCCAGAUCACCUGGAGCCAGCUCCCAGAGGUGGUGGAGUCGGGCCUGCUGGACAGCCUGUCCACGGAGGAGCGCAAAAGGCAGGAGGCCAUCUUCGAGAUCCUCACGUCCGAGUUCUCCUACCUGCACAGCCUGGGUAUCCUGGUGGCCGAGUUCCUGCAGUCCAAGGAGCUGCGGGCGACCAUGACCCAGACCGAGCACCACCACCUCUUCUCCAACAUCCUGGACGUGCUGGCCGCCAGCCAGAAGUUCUUCGAGGCCCUGGAGCAGCGACAUAAGGCACAGGUGUGUGUGGAGGACAUCAGUGACAUCCUGGAGGAGCACGCCGAGCAGCACUUCCACCCCUACGUCGCCUACUGCUCCAACGAGGUCUACCAGCAGCGCACCCUGCAGAGGCUGACAAGCAGCAACAGCUCCUUCCGCGAGGUCCUGCGGGAGAUCGAGAAGAAGCCUGCGUGCGGGGGCCUGCCCAUGAUCUCCUUCCUCAUCCUCCCCAUGCAGAGGGUGACCCGGCUGCCACUCCUGACGGACACGCUGUGCCUCAAGACCCAAGGCCACCCUGAAAGAUACAAGGCCGCCAGCCGGGCACUGAAGGCCAUCAGCAAGCUGGUGAGGCAGUGCAACGAGGGGGCCCACACCAUGCAGCGCACGGAGCAGAUGUACACGCUGCACACGCAGCUGGACUUCAGCAAGGUCAAGUCCCUCCCCCUGAUCUCCGCCUCCCGCUGGCUUCUGAAGCGCGGGGAGCUGUUCCUGGUGGAGGAAACGGGGCUUUUCAGGAAGCUCGCCAGCCGGCCAACGUGCUACCUGUUCCUGUUCAGCGACGUCCUGGUGGUCACCAAGAAGAAGAGCGAGGACAGCUACGUGGUCCAGGAUUAUGCCCAGAUGGACCACAUCCAGGUCAGGAAGCUGGAGCCCUCGGAGGCCUCUCUGCCGGGGGGUGGCAACCGCAGCUCCUCCGUGCCGCACCCCUUCCAGGUGACCCUGCUGCGCAACAGUGAGGGCCGCCAGGAGCAGAUCCUGCUGUCCUCAGACUCCGCGAGUGACCGGGCCCGGUGGAUCACAGCGCUUAGCUACAAGGAGAAACAGUGGAAAGGCCUGACCAACAAAGGAGAGCUGCCCCAGGUGGAGGUCACCAAGGCCUACUUCGCGAAGGAGGCGGACGAAAUCACACUGCAGCAGGCAGAUGUGGUCCUGGUCAUGGAGGAGGAGGCCGGAUGGCUUUUUGGAGAGAGGCUGCGGGACGGAGAGACGGGCUGGUUCCCCGAGGACUUUGCCCGCUGCAUCACCAGCCGUGUGGCCGUGGAGGACAACGUGCGCAGGAUGGAGCGGCUGCGGGUGGAGACCGACGUGUAGGCAGCCCCCUGCAGCCCCCUGUGGCCCAGAGCCAGCUGUGGCUUCUAGUCCCAGCCAGAACGUGGCCCUGGCUCCAGAGAGCCUGGUGGGACACUCCAAGGCCCCACAUGCUCGCAGCUGAGACCCUGCCUGAGGAUCCCACCCUCCAAGGAAGAGCCUGGGGGCAGCAUCUCGCCCCCAGCCCCUGGCCACCUGCCACCCACCUGCCGGGCACCCGCCGGGCAGCCACGCCCAGGCUCAGGGAUAGAGAUGACUGAGGGCCACCACCUGCCCACGCCCCUCCUGUCCCUGGUGAGUCAGGAAGGCCUGAGUGCUGAGGGGCCCUGUCCUGAGAGGCGGCUGCCAGCAGGAGGAGACCUAAGGGCCAGCAGGAGUACUGUGACUUUGAGGUUUAAGAUGACAAUAAAGUGUUUCUUCAGAACUUGGA